AAUUUUCUAAAUAACAGCAGUUACUCACAAAAAACGUAAUUUCGAGAAAUCAAAUACUCUAGUAAUGGGAUCUGUAAGAAUAAUCUUGUAUGAGUGUUGUGCCAAGGUGUUGUUAUAAGUCACAAGCUCAAGAAACCAUAAUCCGACCGAGAGACACCAACCACACUUUAGGUGAAGAAGAAGAAUAGCCCAUUAUUUUAUAGCUCGGCCACCUACUACCUUUGUAUGUGCUCUCCAAAAGUGGUAAUGAUGAUAUUGGAAUGUCCGUCGCCGAUGUAACAGCGACAGCCAGCAAGCAUUGCAACACAGAGAUUGACAUUCAUGUUUAAAGGCCAGUUGGAAAUUUGUUCACGCUUCCCCUCCCGCCAACCCUUAAAUCGUGAAAAUAGUAAUUAAUGGAUGCUGUAGAUAUAUAUCUCUUUGAUUUGGUGAGGAAUAUAUGCUUACACUAAUUCCUAUGUUGUUCAACAACUUCAAACAUCUGUUACCUACCCCACACAGCAAUGAUGAUGUUUUGCGAAGUUGCGAGACAGAGGGUAUGGCAUGCUGCAAAAGUGGACCAGUCAAUUGCCAUGAGCAACAGUCCAUGUAGCAGUUGAAGCACAGAUAAAAGUAAACAACUAUUACAAUGUAAGCACUGAGUGCUUACCAGAUGAAAUAAGCAAAAGCAAUAACAACAACAACUACAGCCAGUUAGCAUCAGUAUAAAAGGAGCAACAACAAACUAUUUUGACAUUGACAACUUUUAACUCGGCAGUAGAAGCAGUAGCAGCAGCAAUAAUAACAUAACGCUCGUCAUCAUCAAUAAGAAAGCAACAUCCCAACAUACUACAGCAAGAACAAACAAAAAGCAACAACAAACAAACAACAGUCCAGCUGGAAGACCACAAAAAAUUAACCGCCAAAAUAAAAAUAAAACAAGAUUUAGGAAAAUAACACGACAGCAACAGAAACAGUGGAAUUAGUAGUAGUACAUCUAUUCUAAAACGACACAAGUGCGUGUGUGUGUGUGUGUUCGUUUCUCUAGAGAGUGAGUGUAAAAAAGGGCAUCAACAAAAAUGAGACGACGACAAUUAGGUGGUUCUAAAAAUUAACAAUUUAAGCUGCUGAAUAAGCGAAAAGUUGAUUCGUUCAACUUAAGCUUUUGGUGGAUCCUUCAGCACAGCAGUAAUAGCAAACAACAACAGCGAGAUCUCAUAGAAGUUGUCAUCUUCUUAGAGUCAUUCUUCUCAUAAGUCAAUACUGUUUUGUUUGACGCGCAAUGAAUUCAAGCCAACCAACACAGGCGGCUUCUGGCAACCGUAUAACGUUUACGAGUCAACAAUUGCCCAAUGGCACAAUCAAUAUUGGCGGUGCUCACGGCGGUUCGAUAAUAUCGACAUCACAAUUGCCCAAUACGACGACAAUUAAAACAAUAACAUCCAGUGCCGCCGGCCAACAACAGCAGCAUCAUUCGUUACCACAACAGGUACAGGUUCAACAUCAUCAGGUCUUACAAACUGCAGGUCAGCAACAGGGCAAUCCAGUUGGUGGUGCUGGUGGCUCUCAGACACAGCAGCAAUCAGUAGGUGCCACCCAAACGCAAACCUUAGUUAUUAAAUCUAAUCAUGCCGUCUCAUUACCGGCGGGUAUUGUCUCAAGCGCACCCGGAAUAGUAACUAUGACCAAAACCAUACAACAGGGUGGUCAACCUAUAAUUAAUUCCAUGCUACCAGCUGGUGUAGUAGUCGGUAUGCGUCCUCCUGCUUCUCAACAACAACCAAAGAAUGUCCAAGGGAAUACAAUGGGAAGAGUGGUCAUUGGAGGACCCCAUAUGGUGGGGACGCGUCCACAAAGUCCAGCGAUAACAUUAAGUACACUAACCCCGGGGCAAACGCCUGCACUCAUUUUGAAAACUGAGAAUGGAUUUCAAUUGUUGCGCGUAGGGACUGCUACAUCGGGCCCGGUGACACAAACAAUUGGCACUAAUUCCACAAACCCAACACAAAUACGCUUGCAAACUGUUCCAGCUGCUUCGAUAUCAAAUACCUCAACCGCCAACAAUAUUGUGGUCAAUUCGGUGGCAAACUCCAAUUCGCAGCCCACUCAUGUGUAUACGUCGCAGGCGAACAUAUCGUCGCUGCAAAGUCAUCAGCAGCAAACAACGACGAAUGUUGUUACAUCUAUGCAACAUCAGCAACAACACCACCAACAACAAUCACAACAGCAACAGCAAUUCCAUACGCAGACUCAACAUCUACAAAGUCAACCUCAAAUAACUCAAAUACAGACAAUACCAGCGCAUCAGACAACAUCAGGCCACCUCCAGCAACAGCAUUCGCAGAAUCAGCAACAUGGUAACACCAACUCGACCAUGAACAAUGUCGUCAAUAGUACGAAUAGUGUAAGCAGCGGAGCGACAUCUGUGACAACAACCACCACAACGCCCCAAAGUGCAGCGGCUCAGGGUAAUACCAAAGAAAAAUGUCGAAAAUUUUUAGCCAACCUAAUUGAUCUGUCGACGCGAGAGCCCAAGCCGGUGGAGAAAAAUGUUCGGAAUCUAAUACAGGAGCUGGUAAAUGCAAAUGUGGAACCGGAAGAGUUUUGUGAUCGCCUUGAGAGACUGCUGAAUGCCAGCCCUCAGCCAUGUCUGAUAGGAUUUCUAAAGAAAAGUCUACCAUUGCUGCGGCAGGCGCUGUUUACUAAAGAAUUGGUUAUAGAAGGCAUUAAACCACCUCCGCAACAUGUUGUGGGCGGCAUUACUAUACAACAACAAUUGCCGAAAAUCCAAGCACAGAUCCGUCCCAUUAGUCAAAAUCAAACAACCACCAUUGGACAGACACAAGUGCGUAUGAUAUCACCUGCCUCAGCUCCUAGACCUAUAGGUCAUACGACCAUAACGAAGCAGCCUGCCGGUGGUAUACGUAUACAGGGACCCGCAAAUGGACCGCGUUUAAUAAAUACUCAAAUACGAGGACCCAUGUCACAGCAAACCACCACAGCGCAGUUACAAACACAAUCCACACAUGCGAAUAUCGUUCAAAUACGGGCUCCCACAGCAACGCAAAUGAAUCGUCCCGCCACAGUUCAAAUACGUGCACCGAAAGCGAAAAACACAACGACUGCCACAGCAAGUCCUGGUAUAACGCAUGUUAAAGUGGGACAAACUCAAAUCAAAGCGAUAUCAUCGUCUUCUCCUGCCAUUUCAUCACAACCACCAUCAUUGGCUGCCAUCUCCAACAAUGUUCCAACGGGGUCGAACCUAUCAUCUUCAGCGUCGAUCCUCUCCACCAUUAACUCUGUAGCUAGCAAUUCGAUAUGCAGUGUGUCUGGCCUACCGAUACCCUCACUACCCACCGUGCAAUUACCACCAGCCGUGUUGGCUCAACAGCAAUUACAGUUGAACUCAACGCACUCUCUGAUAAGCACAAAUGCGUCGUCGUCCUUGGAUCACAUAAAGACCGAAAUCAAAACGGAGAAUAUGAAGAGCAGUGGAGGUAUCACCACCAUUAUAGCGGCGCCGUCAACACCCACUCAAGCUAACAAAGCUCCUGCCAAAACAUCCAAUGCCUCCGCCAGCAAGGCAGCGGCGAAAAAGAAAAGAGACCUAGCUGAUAAGGAACGCGAUGAAUCGAAGCUAAACAAUACAACUUCGGCGGCAUCCAGUGCUGCCUCAUUUUUCCAACAACCUUCCAUAUCAAUGUCAUCAUAUGGAGAUGAUGACAUCAACGAUGUUGCCGCCAUGGGUGGUGUAAAUUUGGCCGAAGAGACGCAACGUAUAUUGGGCUGCACCGAGAACAUCGGCACACAGAUACGUUCGUGUAAAGAUGAAGUGUUCCUCCAUUUACCCGCGCUACAGGCACGCAUACGUGCCAUGGUAAUGGAACGAGGCCUCGAAGAACCAUCACAAGAUGUAGCUGUGCUAAUAUCUCAUGCAUGUCAAGAGCGACUGAAAAAUAUUGUUGAAAAACUUGCAGUGAUAGCGGAACAUCGAAUUGAUGUUAUUAAGUUGGAUCCCCGCUAUGAAGUAACAAAAGAUGUACGGGGCCAAAUAAAAUUUUUAGAAGAAUUAGAUAAGGCUGAACAAAAACGUCAUGAAGAGCUGGAACGUGAAAUGUUGUUGCGUGCGGCAAAAUCACGUUCGAAAAUAGAAGACCCCGAACAAGCAAAAAUGAAGGCGAGGGCUAAGGAAAUGCAACGUGCUGAAAUGGAGGAACUUAGACAAAGAGACGCCAACAUGACUGCCUUACAAGCUAUUGGCCCUAGGAAAAAACUAAAACUAGACGGUGAUGGUACGGGGUCAGGUUUGGGUUCUGGUACAGGGAACGUUUUAGGCCCGUCGGGAACAGCACCGGCUCCAUUAAGGCCACGUAUCAAGCGUGUCAAUUUACGUGACAUGCUUUUCUUUAUGGAACAAGAACGUGAGACGUGUCGAAGCCAAAUGUUGUAUAAGGCAUAUCUUAAGUGAUGCAUUAUUUUUAGGAUACACUGUAUAAAGAAGCAAAUAAUGUUCUACUACUACCACUACUACUGUUAUUUAUAUUUUAAACGUAUAACACAACAAUAAUACAAUCUUCAGUUCUUGUCAUACCUUAUAUACAUACACAUAAAAUAAUUUUCUACUAUUUUCUGCUUUAAAGAUCAGCGCCUGAUUUUGUUAAAUUUGUUUUAUUUUUUCAUCAAAACAAAAAAAAACCAAACGUUUGUUUUUCCAUCUUAUAAAGCUGCACAUUUUCUCCGUUUUUUUUUUCUUAAAUUAUGAACAAAUAUCAAUCAAUCAUUGCUUCCAUUUGCAACAACAAACAGUAACAAGAAUACUAUGUAUAUGUAAAGUUUUUGUUUGUUUCAUUAAAUAUAUUUUUUUUUGUUUUAUAUAUCGAAACAACUGCAACAAUAUAAGCAAACAAAAUUUUAAUUUUGUAAAAGCAAUAUUUUUUUUAAUUAUUGGAUUUUUUUUUUAUUUUUUCUUUUAGUUUCACUAGCCCUUUCUAUUUCAUUUCCCCCCUCCAUAAUAGGACUUUCUUUUGAAAAGUCUUUUUAAUAAAUUUUAGAUUUUAGUUUCUCGUCUCCCCUAUCCUUCCUUAGUAGUAUCAUAGGCAGUAGCGUUGACACACCUUCAUUUUUUUUCGAUAUUGUUAUUAAUAAAACCUUAAAUAAAACACACACACACACAAACAAACAAACAAACAAACAAAUGAUUUCAAACUAAACAAAAUAGUAAUUAUAUUAAUAAUAAUAAUAAUAAACAAAAUAAUAAUUGAAAAAUAUUAAAUUCUUGUAAAAUAUGGCCUUAUAAUGUUAGAUUUGU